GCGGGCGUGUCUGCUCUGCUGUUGCUGCCCUUUGAUCCCUGCAUUAGUGUUAGUUAGGGGCUCGGAGACACACUUGCACCGAGAGCAGCCAUAGUCAAGACAAGGCAACAACAACAGCGGCAGCGGCGGCACCUCCUCCGCCUGUGUUCCUAUUCCCCCAACAAUACACUUUAAACCGAGCAAAGCCAGGUGCACGACCAAGUCCCUACCAUCACUGGCGCCUCCAGUCUCAAUGGGAAAAACCUUUUUUCUCCUUAUCCCCAAACAAGGACGAGAAUGUGAUUAAAAACGGGGGAAAAUGCCAAGGAGGAAGCAGGAGCAACCCAAGCGCCUGCCUUCACAUGUGGACAGCAAUGAAGAAGGGGGGCCAGAUGGCGGUCCUGUGGAGGAGGAGGCCUGGUUUGGGAAUGCUUCUGACACACGAUCAGAGUCGUCGUCCUAUGGAGACACACAGGAUGAGGUCCUCCUCCCCAGAGGACCUUCUCCCGAUGAACGAUUGGGACUUAGCACUGGGUCAGGAGACCAUGAAACCUGUGGAGGAGAGAGCUUACUGGGGUGUCAGACACCUGUCCAUCGUGCCUCUUUGGAACUUCUUGGACUGGAUGGAGGUACAUUCUCGGCCCAGGACACGCUCUCCUCUGUGGUAUCAUCACUGUAUGGUGAUGCAGCUUCUCGUGCCCUAGGAAAACCGCUCAGCAGCAACCUACGACGCCUCCUAGAGGCUGGGUCACUGAAACUUGACACUGGGGAGCUUCUGGGUCGCUCAUCCAGGGGAGGCACUGGGGGUGAGUCUCCUCCAAUUGGUCUAGCCCCACCAUUGACCCUCUCCCCGUCUUCCCAUCAUGCCCACCAGUUAAGUGCCCUUGCCCGAAAAGUGGCCAAUAACAACAACAACAGUGGCUCAGUCUCACCAGCCUCCUUGGCAUCCUCAGUCCCCAACAUAAAGCAAGAGCCCCUUGACCCCUUUAACUCUGUCACACCGAGCAAUGGCGGUGGCUUUGUAUGGGCAGGUAUUGCAGAUAAGUGGCCACCGGCCAGCUGCACCACACCCUGUGGCUCUAGUCUGUCCCCAGACUCUGCAAUCCAGAAGCUUAAAGCCGCAGCAAAUGCUGUACUUCAAGACAAGAAUGCCGUGGCUGCAUCGUCAACAGCUUCUUCCUCCUCCUCCACCUCAGCUUCAUCCGCAGUGUCCGCUCUUGGAGGAGGUGGAAGAGGAGAUGAUGUUGUGCGCUUUGAUGCCUUCAACUCUCCAUUUAGCCCACAGUCAGCUAGCUCUACCCUCGCUGCGCUUUCCAAGAAAGUCAGUGAGAGGAGCCAAGCUUCGUCAACAACAAGUGCUGCUCCUGACCAUCAAGCCUCAGCAAGUUCCUUUCUUUCACUUGUGUCAAUGACCUCCUCUGCUGCCUUGCUCAAAGAGGUGGCAGCCAGGGCAGCGGGAAACCUUCUGGCAGAAAAGAAAGAAGGUUCCCCUGUGGCAACUGCUGGGGUCCUCCAAGAUGAUGUGAAGCCUUUGCUGGACAAGAACCAGAAGGGCUCCACACCGUCCACACCCACCCAGAACCUAGAGCUGCUGUUACCCUCCACUCCUAAGGGCAGAGGCAAACCCAACAGCCAAGCAGGCUCUCCUGAGGAUGGUGGCAAACCUUUCCAGUGUCCGGUGUGUGGACUGGUCAUCAAACGCAAGAGCUACUGGAAGAGACACAUGGUCAUUCACACAGGCUUAAAAAGCCACCAGUGUCCACUGUGCCCCUUCCGCUGUGCUCGCAAAGACAAUCUCAAGUCCCACAUGAAGGUACAUCAGCACCAGGACCGCGGUGAGACGUUCCAGUGUGAACUUUGCCCCUUCACCUCUUCCCGUCACUUCAGUCUAAAGCUUCACAUGCGCUGCCACCAGCACUUCCCCCGCACAGACGUCAAGGUGAAAGAAGAGCUCACCACCGACACAGAGGGCGAAGGCUCCCUGAUGGACGACACCGGCUCCACAGACCUGAGAGGGCCAGAGGUGUCCCCGCUACACUCGGACACUCCACAGCAGACAUCCCCUCCAGUCGAGGCUUCCUCCAAUCAUGUCCACAUCAAGGAGGAACCACAGGAGAGAGACCUGUCUGUGCUCUCGCCAUUUAGCAUCUGCAGGGACCGUCCCAGCAGCAGUGCCAACUCCAUGGACCUACCUGGAGUUGGUGUUGGAGUCGGGGUCAGAUCCAGUCCUAGUGGUCCAACCACAGCCUCCCUGUUCAGCCCUGACAUCACCACUAAGACGGCUACUGACCUGCUUAUAAAGCUAUCAGCGGCCAACCAGAGGGAGACGCUCAAGUCUCCAUUCCACCUGAAGGAAGAGCCCAAAGUAGAAGAAGCACUCAGCCCUAGACCAUCCUCCCAGUCCAUGAGCCAGGUCCAUCCAAGCUUUCCUGGGUCAUUUUGUCAGGACGGAACAACAGCGCAUGCAGCAGUCAAUGAGCGCUCAGGGCCACUGAAACCAAGAGAAGGAAGCCCCAUGGCUAAGAACAGCUUGCUGAGCCAGGAUAUCAACGUGAAGGUGGCGUCCGAGCUGCUGAUUAAGCUUUCAGCAGAGAACAACAAAGAUGUCCACUACCAGAAAGUGAAAGUAAAGCCAGAACCCAUGGAGGUGGACCCGCCCCCAACAGAACUCACUCCACCGGCUUCUCACCUGCUGUCCUUGAGCACUUUAGGGGCGAGUGAGAAGAGUGAGCCGAUAAGCAACCUCCCUGAGACGUUGACCUGUCCCCAGAAAGAUCUCUUCUCCCAGGACAUUUCGGUCAAAAUGGCCUCUGAACUACUGUUCAAAUUGUCAGAAAAAGUAAGCAAAGCCAACAACCACAAAGACGGUAACAUGGUGGGAAUAAACAGUCCGUUCCUGGAUGAGUGCUUCAGACAAUCACCCUUUAACUCGCGCUCCAAGAGCUCUUCCCCCGCAGAGGCCAGCUCCUCUACCAGGCCAGUGUACCAUGACUCAGAAAAGAAUGAUUGUGAGCCAGGAAACGGAAUUGCCCAGUGGAGACUAAAUGAGCAGCUCUUCCCCUGUCCGGUCUGUGGCAAGGUGUUUGGUCGACAGCAGACUCUUUCAAGACAUCUGUCUCUACACACAGAAGAGAGGAAGUACAAGUGUCACCUGUGUCCCUACGCAGCCAAGUGCAGGGCGAACCUCAAUCAGCACCUGACCAUCCACUCUGUGAAGCUGGUCAACACGGAUGCUGAGCAAAUAGUCAGCGCUGUCACGGCCGACUCUGCAGAGCGCAAGAACUGCCCGUACUAUUACAGCUGCCAUGUGUGUGGUUUCCAGACGGAGCUGAACGCCCAGUUUGUCAGCCACAUGUCGCUCCAUGUGGACAAGGAGCAGUGGAUGUUCUCACUCUGCUGCAGCGUCUGUGACUAUGUCAGCAUGGAGGAGCAUGACAUGAAGAACCACAUUAGUACCGGUCAUGCAGGUCUUAACUCAAGAAGUCCCCUCAGUGAGACCAAAAGCACCUCCUCGUCCCUCUCGGCCCUCAGCGAUUCUCUCAACAGCUCGGAGGGCGGAGACCUCACCCACAGUAACGAAGAACUCAAGAGCCUGCUGGCCCCGCCCUCCUCCACAGGCAGCCAGUCCAGCUCCGGAAGCCACUCGGGAUCAGGAACUGAGGACAAGUCGGAAAAAGGCUUCGAAUGUGUCUUCUGCAACUUUGUGUGCAAGACGCGCAGCAUGUACGAGCGGCACCUCCAGAUCCACCUCAUCACGCGAAUGUUUGAGUGCGACGUCUGUCACAAGUUCCUCAAGACACCCGAGCAGCUGCUGGAGCACAAGAAGUGCCACACCGUCCCCUCCGGAGGGCUCAAGUGCCCUUUCUGCAUCUACUCCACCAAUCGUCCAGCGGCCAUGGAGUGCCACCUUAAGACGCACUGUAAGAUGGAGUACCGCUGCCGCAUCUGUCAGGGACUGUGGCCCGACCAGGCCUCAUUGGAGGCCCACAUGCGCGGUCACCGCCUGGGCAACCACUACAAGUGUGAGCAGUGUGGCUACUUGUCCAAGACGGCCAAUAAGCUGAUCGAGCACGUGCGUGUGCACACGGGCGAGCGGCCCUUCCACUGCGACCGCUGCUCUUACAGCUGCAAGCGCAAGGAUAACCUCAACCUGCACAAGAAGCUGAAGCAUGCGCCGCGCCAGACUUUUGGCUGCCAAGAGUGCCCUUUCACCACCACACACCCUUUUGUCUUCAGCCGCCACCUCAAGAAACACCAGAGCGGGGGAGCGGGGGGAAUAGAUGAAGGCUUAGCAGGAGGGGAAGAGGAAGAUGAUGAGGAGGAGCUGCCUUUCAAGGGAACAUCGCCAGGGGGCUUGUCAUUGCGGAAGAGUGAGGAGAAGUUCCUGUUCAGUGGCGGAGGAGGAGGAGGAGGAGGAAGCAGUGGAGGGAGUGGGAGUAACAGCCCCCUCAUGAGUCUAACGGCGUCCCAGGCUCUCCAGUCGGUUGCUCUGUCAGUCACACUGGGCAAGUCCAACCAGCUGGACGCCAAAGGCCCUCUGUACUGUUGGGCCAGAACCAAUGGCGGCGGCGGCGGCGACACCACCACCAGGAGCCCCGAGAGUUCGCUCAUCGUCCCCUCCUCCCACCACAUGUUGGAGCAGUACAGGAACUGUGACCCAACGCACCUGAUCCCCCUCACCACCCUGUUCACCCACCACAGCCGCUUCACAUUCCACUCGCACCUCCACUCCAGAUGGCGGCCCGCCACGUCUCCUCUCCUUUUCUCCUCCAACUCGGCCUCCCCCUCCCGCUCUCCCCAUUCACCUGCCUCCCACAAACACUCCUUCCUGGCCUACCUGGGACUGAUGGAGAGGGCCAAGACUGUUUGACCUCGCCACCUCACUCUUUCCCUCACUCCUCGGACAGUGGUGUUGAAUGACUCUUGACCACUGCAGUGGGAGCAACAUCUUUUUUCCAAUCAGACCAGCAGAAUAAGCUGGACCAGACUAACGUAUUGAAGAAAAUGAUAAUAAAAAAAAAAAAUUUAUAAGAGAAAAAGGCUGUACAUGCUAAAAAAAUGCAUUUAUAUCGAAAAGCUGCUUUUCUUAUCAGUUCUAUCAAUUGAAUUAUUACUACUUCAGCUACUACUCUCUAUUACCUUUUAUUUUCUGUUUUUGAAAGUCUGAAUGACCUGGACCCAGUUGCAUUAUCUAAGGAAACUAACGUAUCUCAAGUUUUAUAGAUCUUUUACGUUUGACAAGAUAAAAAGACGAAACAAAACUUGCAAGUGCUAUAUUUUAGUGCAUUUUUGUCUCUUGCUAUUAUGCAUCAAAACAGCAUGCCUGUUUCUGUGUUUCAACUAGCUUUGACGUCAUUAGGAAGCUAAAGUCGAGAUAUUCUGAAGUGUUAGCGGUGCGACAAAACCAAUGAAACGGCAUGCUUUUCAUUGAAAAAGGCACGUUUCCAAAGCAACGCCU